AUGACUACAGAUACAGAUAUUGUUUUGACUCUUGACACUAUAGCAAUAUGGAUCAAUCGAAUUAGUCCAAUAUUUUCGAUUGUAUUUGGUACAUUUGGCAAUUUUUGUAAUAUCAUCAUAUUUACGCGUCCAAUCUUACGCACAAAUCCAUGCUCGAUGUAUUUCUUGGCUGGCUCUUUCACUAAUCUCGUUGUUAUCUAUAUCGCUUUACUUACGCGUUACUUAGCAUCAGCGUGGGGUUAUGAUCCGUCAGCUACAAGCAUGGUUUGGUGUAAAACACGUUACAUUCUCGUCUAUCCUCCCCUUAGUCUGGUUCUAUGGUUUAUUGUUCUUGCUAGUAUUGAUCGGUAUCUUUCAAGUUCACGAAAUGUCCAUUUUCGUCAAUGCAGUACUGUACCAGUAGCGUGGAAGAUCAUUACUAUAGCCACAGUACUGACAUUUUUGGUAUUCGCUCAAACAGUGGUGAGCAAUGGCACACCAUCUUGUACAAUACUUCCUAAUGAAUAUUUGGUUUUCUUCAAUAUCUUUGUUCCUAUUGCCACAUGCAUUUUACCUGUCAUAUUAAUGGGUUUGUUUGGUAUUCUUACAAUUAUUAAUAUUCGCACGACUCGAACUCGUGUUAUUCCACAAGAAAACAAUGAGCGUUUACGUGCCAAUGAUCGACAGUUGAUUAUCAUGCUGCUAUUUCAAGUUUUGAUCACGACAACUCUUGUCGCACCUUGGGCUCUCAUCAACAUGUUCAGCGCUAUCGGCGUGGCUAUAUUAAAGUACAAAUUUUCACCACUCGGCCAAGGUAUUUUCAAUUUUAUAUUCAAUGUUUCUCGAAUGUUAUACUACCUGACCCCAGCAGUUGGCUUUUAUAUUUAUACUCUAUCCGCUCCAAAGUUUCGCCACGAAAUCAAGAAAAGUUUUCGUCAUGGUUUGAAGCUUAUCUUAACAGGCACGGGUAUCAUGCGAUAUCUUCCUGCUGAUGUUCAGCAAAUGUUCGCGACAGAGAAUCAAAGAAAUAAUAUCAAUUAUUCAUUGACCAGAACAAGGAAAGGAUUAACUGGACAUGCACAUCAACGUUAA